UUAAACCUUUAGGGCAUACGUCUGAGAUAUCUAGACCGACCAACAUGAGAACCUGUAUUGUCGCACUUGUUUUCUGUGGAUUAAUCGCCAUCAGUGUUGGCGAACCAUGCCAGACGCUAGCUGACUGUGCCGAGACGGCCUGCACCCACCUUGACAGUCACAUCACCUGCGAAUGGCCGAGGGGGGAUUGUGAUAACGGCAGCUGCCAUGGUUAUUGCACCUGCGGCGCACUCACAGCUUGUGGCCCAUCUGGUGACUGCAGCGCCAUCCGGUGUCACGACCAAGACAAGGCCCCACACUGUGUAGAGGGAAGUUGCAAAUGUAUCGAUAUCGAUAACUGAUAUGCCCAGUAGGUUUCGUCAAUCGUAAUGUGAAAAUAACUAACAAGGAAUAAAAAUAAGAACAUUU